AUGGCUUCUACGGGACUGACAGCAGCAUGGGCUGCACUACAUACCUUCCAGUUCGGCCUGGCUGUUUCUGGUCUGAACGGUGUCCAGUCUGCCCUCACCUGCAAGGAUGCUGGUGAGGGGGAGGGAGUGUCGGACACCAGCGGCUGGCUUGAGCCAUGCAUUGCAAUGACGCCAGCCAAGUUUGGCAUCGUUGUCUCCAUUUUCACCCUCGGCGGACUCACUGCAGCCCUCGGCUCGCGCGUGGUCCACGCUCGUGUCGGGAACGUGGGCACAUUGCGGUCGUCGGCCUGCGCCGUACUUGUGGGGUCGCUCUUGCUCUCCAUCGCCAACAGUGUCCACGCCGCCAUCAUUGCAAGACUUAUCGUUGGCCUCGGCUGCGGUCUAGCUACGACCACUGUGCCCCUCGUCCUUGCCGAGAUUGCGCCGGCGAACCAGAAGCGCGCGCUUGGUAUUCUGAACCAGCUCUUCAUCGUAACAGGUGUCCUCGUUGGUCAGGCCCUCUCCUUCCCCCUUGGACAUGCGUACAUGUGGCGAGGCGUACCGGCAGUCUCUGCCGUUGUGGCCAUCGGGCAGCUCAUUGGCAGCAAGUUUGUCAAUGUGGACCCAUCGACACCUGCAAGUGCAGAGGACGAGCCCCUGCUGGAACGAAAUGUCGCACGCGAGCCUCUCACGAUUUCGCAGCUCUUCACGACCAAGGACGCCCGUGUCCGCUACGCUUUCCCUCUGGUCCUCAUCACGCAAUUUGCACAGCAGGUCUGUGGCGUCAGCGCAGUCAUGUACUUUUCCACCUCGAUCCUUUCACCCGUCUUUCCCGGCAGUGCAAAGCUCGUGGCCCUCAUUGUCGUCAUCCUCAAGAUUCCCGCCACGGUCGCACCGGCGUUCUUGAUCGAGCGCAUCGGUACGCGCCCGCUCCUCACCUACCCCACCGCGGUCAUGUGCGUGUGCCUCGUCUCCCUGGCAGUGGGUAUUAACGCCAACGCGGGCGUCCUCGCCGUGGUUGGAAUUGUUGGCUUUGUGAUUGCCUUUUCGCUCGGUCUGGGGCCCGUCACCUGGGUGGUCCUCGGAGAGGUCAUGCCCCCGCACGCGCGGGCCGCAGGCAGCGCGGUCGGCCUAGCAGUCAACUGGAGCAUGGCGUUCGUGGUUGGCUCGACGUUUUUGCCAUUCCAGCAGUGGCUGGCUGGCGGGGAGAGGGGCAAGGAGGGCAACAUCUUCUUUGUGUUUGCCACUACCACCGCACUGUCUCUUGUUGCGAUCAGGUGGGGGUACAAGUUGUAUGAGCGUGUGGAGAAGCAAGAUCUCUAG